AUGGACACCCAAACCCUUGACCUUCUCAAGAUAAGAGAUGAUGUCACAUGGUACAUAAGGAAGCUAGGCUUGAGCAAGCUCUUCAAGCUAGAGUGUAGUGAGUACUCACAACUCACCAAGGAGUUCCUCUCCACAGUAGCUCUUGCCUUUCCCAACCACAAUGGAGACCAACCAGCUGGUGAUGGACUCCUACUCUUCAAGAUAGGCGAUGCCAAUGGGCGCAUCUCCAUCUCAGCUCUAUGCCAACUCUUUGGACUUCCCAAUGAGACAGCACAUGACUUCAAGGAGAACUCAAAGAGGAAACAAGCUGCCUUUGCUGAUUGGACACACUUUGCCAAUGAACCAUUCUUGCCUUCAAGAUCAAAGGUGUCUAGAAUCACUCAUCCAGCCAUUCGCUAUGUGCACCGCCUCAUCUCCACCACUUUCCAAUGCAAACAAGAAGCCAACAAGCUAGCUAAAGACUUGGAAGGCAACAAGAAGCUUUGUGUUCGUUUUGGGAGGCUUAUCACGGCCAUAGUACAACAUGUGGGGAUUGACAUUCCCAACUAUGAGCCACUACCCAAGCCAACCCCUUUGGAUCUCCAUGCUCUUCAGCACAUCCACUUCCUAAACCGUUGGACUAAAGACCCAACUCGGUUUUGCUAUGAGUUUCCAAUUGGUCCAGCCAACACUUCCCUUGUCUUGCUGCCACAUGAAGACAUCCCAAGCCUACGCUCAGGAGUUGUCACUUUCCAGCCCAAUGAGGAAGACUUCUAUGUUCCAUCAAGUGAGAAACCAUCAUUCCCCAUGCUCACCUAUCGCACACUUCAGCAUGCAGUCAAGACUCAACGCCGCCACCAAGAACGCCAUGUUCUCACUACUGGCAUGGCCGCGCAUCAAGCUCUAGACCGUGUUAACAAGCUGGAGAAGAUAGUGGAUGCCAAUCUCGCUUCAUCUCACGCCUAG